UUAAAGCGUGUUUUUGUGUCCACAGGUUACUUCCGGGCUGCUGAUAAACACAAACAUUGUUACAACAACACUAGUCACUCUGGAAAAUGUCGCGUUCAGCUGGAACUUUGAUCACUACACAUAAUUCUACAUUUAUUCCGCCACGGUUUAUGCCAGGGUACAGAGGUCACUGUCCAACAACAAAGUAUGACUAUGGAGAAACAUAUGGCAAUGCCACAAACAAAUAUUUCCAGGAUUAUAGACAUGAGGUUUUAAAUGCUUCACAUGAUCCAUAUGCAAGAGGUGGUGAAUUUCCAACCUAUUACACUCACAAACCUGAGUCAGUUAUCAGUGCCAGAGGAAGGACAAGAGAUAGAUGGCUAGCGGCCCCAAAAUAUUCUCUCUCAAAUGUUGAUUUUGACAGGAAAGAGGAGCUUAAGUCAUUUGAUUCUCUUGGCCAGAAACACAGAGAACACUACUUUGACAAGAGCAAUACUAAAAAAAGUGUAGAUUAUUUCAUGAUCCCUAGAUCUGCUGAAGAUCAAAUUAAGAGUAAAGCACAGUUCAUGAUAUUGUCAACACGUCACACAGACGAUAUCAAUUUACCAUACCUGGAACAUGAGGCCCGUAGAUUACCCCUGAUUAAGAGAACGUCGACAAUGUCAUCUCAACGUGACAGAGAAAUGAGGGAUGUUGUAUUUGAGAAAAGAUAAAUCAAUACAGAACCUUUAACAGCAGAUUUUUAAACUAUGAAAGAACUGUGAUAAUUGUUUUAACUUAGUAUAGAGAAAUUUUUAUACACUUCUUUUUUUAGGAUAAUCAUUUUUAUUGUUUACACUUGGCUUUGUUUGUUUGUUAAAGUUUAAAGAUUUACAAUAUUUUUAUUUAAAUUUAAAAUAUCUGUUUUUUGUUGGUUUAUUUUGCUCAAACUUGUUAAAGGUUGAAAUUUUUAAAAAUGAACUGGACUUUCAAUUAAAGUAUUAAUUUCAUAUUUUAAAUACAUUUUUUUGUUAAUUACUUUUAUAUAAUGUAUUUAUUUUGCAAAUAAUAUAUUUACAAAAUUUAAGACAGAUGUUAUUUCACUCUUAUUAAACUCAUAUCCUUACUGGUUACUGGACUACCUGUCAGAGUAAGACAUAGUAAAAACAAAGAGUUGAUUUUAAUGAGAUUGAUGCUUCACUUUAAAUAGGGUGACAUGGUCACAUAUUACGUUAUACUUCUAUAUUUUAAAACUGUCAUCUUAAAGUAUCUCAUGUUUAAUCAUUUUCAUGUAAUUGUGAAUCUUGUGUGCAACCAUUAUCUUUGUCUUCUUGUUUUAUGUUACCACAUUGCCUUCAGUUGCUUUGUAUUGUAAAAUGAUUCAAUCUAAUAUUGUAAAGAAGUCAUAAUUCUAUUGUAGGUUAAUAAGUCAGAUUUGGGAAUUUAAGCUUUUAACACUAUGGUAAUUACAAAAUUUACACAAAUAUUCAAAUAUGAUGUCCUUGAAAUAAAUACACCAGAAUACUGUAUAGACGUAUAUAUAAUUAUAGCAUUUAAGUGUAACACAUUGUAUAUUGCACACUUAAUACUUUAUUUUAUUUUAAGCAAGUUAUCUGAUCAUAUAAGAUUAAAUAUUUAUAACUUAUUUUGAAAUGAUCUAAUCUUACUGGCAUAAUAACUUACAGUAAAAGCCAAUUUCAUGAAUAUUAAUAGCAAGUCAGUUGCUAUAAUGAAUUAUAUCUUGUCAACUUUUCUUUACAUUUGACAUUGUUUGUAUCAUUCUUUAGACUUAAGUUUUAUUUCUGUACUUAUAUCAAACUAAAUAAUAAGUUUUCAAUCAAUUGUUCUCUUGUUUUUAAAAAAAAGUAAUCAAUCAGUUCUGGACAUCAUUUUACAAAAGGUUUGAAUGUCUUGUAUUUUAUAGAUAUACAUGUAUAUAUAUUUAUGAUGUUAGUAUAUAUAUUUGUUAUGUUGAACAAUCAUUCCCUAAAUUAUAUUUUUAUUUCAUUUUCAAUCAUGUGUACUUAUCAAAAUGAAAUUUAGAAAUACAUAAUUUUAAAAGUGAA